AUAAACUUGUUAGAAAGAGAAAAGAGUAGAGGAGGAGGCGAUUGCAAACUCAAGAGAAAGCUCAACUCUUUCUCCGCCGUCGUCGUCGUCGUCGUCAUCGGAGAAUACAGCAAAAGACCUAAAAAGAUCACAGAGUUUAACCAGUUGACGGAGAUGGAUAAAGUAAAGAUUGAAGAGAUUCAGUCCACCGCUAAGAAGCAGCGUAUUGCUACUCACACCCAUAUCAAAGGCCUUGGCCUCGAGCCAACCGGUAUCCCUAUAACAUUGGCGGCUGGAUUUGUUGGUCAACUUGAGGCUAGAGAGGCAGCUGGUCUUGUAGUGGACAUGAUUAAGCAGAAGAAAAUGGCGGGCAAGGCUCUUUUGCUUGCUGGACCUCCUGGAACCGGCAAAACAGCAUUGGCUCUUGGGAUUUCCCAAGAGCUGGGAAGUAAGGUUCCAUUCUGUCCAAUGGUUGGAUCUGAGGUUUACUCAUCAGAGGUUAAGAAAACAGAGGUUCUCAUGGAGAAUUUUAGACGUGCCAUUGGUCUACGUAUCAAGGAAACCAAAGAAGUCUACGAAGGAGAGGUCACAGAGCUAACUCCAGAAGAAACUGAAAGCCUCACUGGAGGCUAUGGUAAAAGCAUCAGCCAUGUUAUCAUUGCACUCAAGACAGUCAAAGGAACCAAACAACUGAAGUUGGAUCCCACUAUAUAUGAUGCCUUGAUUAAGGAAAAGGUCAGUUCUGUAAAAUCAUGUUUCAAAACCUAG